ACUUAUGUAAUUUUUUGAUGCAGAAUUCAGACCUUAUUUAAUUGACUUUAUAAGAUUGUAGUCUGUUUAGAGAUUUAGUCUUUUCAAUCCUCUAAUACUUAUCCCGAUUUAUUUAUAUUUGAAAUUAGAUACCCAUUAAGAUUCAGAAAAAGUUGACCAAUCUGUGGAGCAUCUUUCCAGCUAUAAAUUAGGCACAGUUCAGAAUGGAGUAUAAUAUCUCAUAUUUUUUAAAGCAGUUUCAGCUCAUUUUGAAGUUCAAAUAUUGAAUUCUGCCUGAAGCAUACUCGAAAGUGCUAAGAACCUGUUAUAAAAGAGUUCAACUUAUAAAGCCUUCAAGAAACCCUGAUUUUAACAAGAAUUAACACAAUUAAUAUCAAAUAUUGGUCAAAACGAGUUCUUGGUGACUAAUCACUUGAAAUUUAGGCUCUAGGCUGAAGCCUAGUCUUGCUCACAAGUAACUUGUCCUCGAUCAGUUAGCAGUUAAUCUGAAACUUUCUUGAAUAUAAAGCAGAACAACAAUGGAUUUGAAUGAACUCAUUUUCAAACAUUAUAUGGUAGUUUUUCCAAUUUUUUGGUCUUAAGGCAAAUUAUAGAACAAUGUACUCUAAAAUUUUGGCUAUAAGACUAUGAAAAAUUUGUCCAAUAAUUGUUUUUUUGCUCUAUUCCUUAUCUACUUCUGAUUAAGAGUAUUUUCACUUCAAUUGUUGGAUAUGAAUAUUAACAACGCAGCUCACAGUUGAAUGUAGUAUAAAAGUUUGAAGACGGAACAAAGAUUGUGGAAAAAGGAUAUACAUACAUACAUAUAUGUUAUCUCAACAUAGUGAAUCACACAAGGUGGUUGUGCAAAUUUAGGUUUACUGAAGGGGAAACAGACUUAUGUGUAAGUUAGAUAAGAGUUACAGUGAGCAUUAGAGUAUUACUGAGCCGUAACUUGACUGUUCGGCUAUAAUGUCCAGUUAGUGGUGUGCUUUGUGUAGAACACAAUUAUUUACUGUUUUUUCUUACGUGUUUAGUUUAUUUGGUGCAGAAGCUAGAUUAGCAGCUCGACGUCAAGCCAGAGCAGAAGCUAGAGAAAUCCGAAUGCGGGAAUUAGAGAGACAGCAAAAGGAAGCUGAGGAAAACGCUGAUAGAGUUUAUGAUAUGUGUACUGACAUAAUUACAGCUGAUGCUAACCGAACCAUGAGGGUGACACCUGAUCCUGUGAGAACAUCUCGCCUCCUCAAUAAUUCUAACAACUUUCAAUCCAGUCGAAGGUCUUCGCAAGAUUCGUUGGAAGAUGCUGGACUUAAUAGAGAUCUUAGGUUAGAAAUUAAGGAAUUUGAAGAAAAGUUCCGCAAGGCUAUGAUUACAAACGCGCAAUUGGAUAAUGAGAAAUCAACUUACUCGUAUCAAGUAGAUCUACUAAAAGACAAAUUGGAAGAGUUAGAGGAAACAACGGCACAACUCCGCCGAGAGCUUAGAGAAAAGAAUCGGGAAGCUGAACAAUUGAAACGUGUAAGUCAACGGUUGAAAGAAGAUUUUGACGUAUGCAGGGUGCAAUUAUUGGAACGAGAUACACUCAUACAGGAAAAUGGUCUUGUGAUAGUCGAGGAUGAAGGUGAUGAAAACGAUUCAGAUUUGCCAGAUAAUGAACCCCGACCAAGGAAAAGGGUAUUAGUCAGUACAGAAAGUGCAGACUUGUUACAAAAUGCUGGUGAAGGUUCUUUAGAUGUCCGGCUCAGAAGGUUCGCGUCGGAAAAGAAAGAAUUACAGGAUGAGAUCCGGCAUUUAAGACUGGAGUUGGAAGAUGCAAAAAAUCGUGUGAGAUCAGAAAGGUCGCCAGGCUCAAUGCUAGGAAACUUAUCAGAUUCUGAAGAUAUUCAACGGGAGGCUAAUAAGCACUUAGCCGACUACAAAUUCAAGUUGCAAAAAGCGGAACAGGAUAUGUCUACAUUGCAAGCAACCGUUGCAAGGCUGGAAAGCCAAGUGAUUCGAUAUAAAUCUGCGGCAGAAGCUUCUGAAAAAGCGGAGGAUGAAUUGAAAGUUGAGAAGCGCAAACUACAGCGAGAGGUACGAGAAUCCCAAGGGCGAGUAGAAGAACUUGAAACAGCGAAUUCCCACUUACAACGGAGACUAGAUAAACUUAAAAAUGCCAAGUCUGCACUUCUGAAAGAACUUUGACAAGUUAAUUUGCUCGAUCCAGCUCGUUAACAUUACCACUAGUUUGGUUUCAAUAAUUAUAAUUUCCGUUGCAUAGAGUCGUAGGUCCUUGAAUGAUCCGAAAUGCAGCGAGAUGUGUUAUAGGAUAUGAACGUAAAAAUUAACAUCAACUGAAUAUUCAGCUGAGAUAAUCUGAAGGUUGCGGAAAUGAAAACAGAAAAUAGACAGCAAUUAAAUCAAUUUGUAAGCGCUCUUGCGUAUGAAUGCGAUUUCAGAACGAUGCUAUUUAGCCGAUAUUACUACAAAGAAUAUUAGUCAUUGAAAUCUAUUUCUAAUUUAUAUUAAUCAAAGGCCAUAUUUGAUUAACAUUCAGGUCUGGUUCAUGAGAGUAUCACGCUUUGUUUUUCCCCUAACAGAGGUUGGCAGAUUGGUCUUUUAUUAUCCGCACCAACCUUGCGAAUGCCAUACUACGCUACUGCUAAUACAAAACACAAGAAUUUGUUUAAUUUAAUAUUUUGUAAUUAUUAACUUAUAUAAGAUUAUUGUAUUUUAACGAUUAGUGGUUUUUUUUUUUGUUACCUUCAUCACUCUAAAAUGGUAUUACAUCGAAGAACAAUGAUUAUGUUUAACUUGAAAGCAAAUAUGAAACUAUCUAAAGUGAUCAUAUUCAUUACUUGAUUGACUCUGCAUGUGAUAUCAACGCUACCCGAAAUUUUUUAAUUUCACAAGUUAUUCGUAACCUGUGAAUGUCCCUGUACAGCCUGAUAAUGCAUUGAAGAAGAUUGAAUAGAAUAAGCAUAGUCCGGUC